AAGGCACAUCAACAUGCUUGUUUCGAAGCAAAACAGAAAGGCUAUCUACGAGGCUCUCUUCAAGGACGGUGCUUUGGUCGCUGCCAAGGAUUUCAAUGCUCCCAAGCACUCCGAAAUCGAUGUGCCCAACCUCGAAGUCAUCAAGAUUAUGCAGUCUUUGACCUCCAAGGGCUACGUCAAGACCCAGUUCUCUUGGCAAUACUACUACUAUACUCUCACCAACGAGGGUAUUGACUAUCUCCGUGAAUAUCUUCACUUGCCCACCGAGAUUGUUCCUGCUACCUUGAAGAAGGCUGCCCGCCCCGCUGCUCCUCGUCGUGCCUUCGGUGAAGGUCGUGAGGGUGGUCGUGGUCCUCGCGGUGACCGCGAUGACUACAGACGCAAGGAGGGUGCCUCGGGCGACUUCAAGCCUGAGUUCCGUGGCGGUUUCGGUCGCAACCGUCAGUAG